AUAAAAGAACCCCGCCACCCCACGUGACCCUCUUUCUCUAUCGGGCCGCCAUCAUGGAAGCCAGCCGUGUGCAGCCUAUCAAGCUCGCAAGAGUAACCAAAGUCCUUGGAAGAACAGGCUCACAGGGGCAAUGUACACAGGUUCGCGUUGAGUUCAUGGAUGAUAGCAAUCGAUCAAUCAUUCGCAAUGUAAAGGGUCCUGUGCGUGAAGGUGAUGUGCUUACUCUAUUAGAGUCUGAAAGAGAAGCCAGGAGGUUACGCUAAAAGAUUAUGGGUGUCUCAGACUGCCGAUAUUUACCUGCUCCCAAACUCCUGUGUUACUGUCAAAAUGUUGCAAAACACAAUUGUACAGUUUUUGAACUUAAUAAAUGAUUGGAUCUAAUAGG